GUGUGUGUGUGUGUGUGUGUGUGUGUGUGUGUGUGUGUGAUGGACCUCGUCCCGGCCGUGGUGGCCGUUAAGAUGCGGUGGAUAACGCUGUUAGUAGUGGGUCUAACAAUCUGGACUACCCUGUCUCACUGCUUCGACUAUGAAGAACCCAGCUUUGACUAUUACGGCGAUGAAGACAGGACGGACAAUAUAGACUACAAAGACCCGUGUAAAGCCGCGGCGUUUUGGGGAGACAUUGCGUUGGACGAGGAGGAUCUGCGGAUGUUUCAGAUCGACAGGACGAUAGACGUGACGCAACACACACACACUCACACACACUCCAGACAAGGACACACCACUGGUGGUGUAGAGGAACAUGUCAUCUCAAAGAAGAAAGGAUCAUUAUCCCUCCUCCUGGACAGAAUACGGAGGUUUGGCUUCGACUAUAGGCCUAAGAACUCCAGUCAGGAGUCAGCCUCCGGUCCCAAGACCCAGACUGGGAAAACUGCUGCCGGAAAGACUGGGAAGGCUAGGAAAGCCGUAAAGAGUGGGAAUACAGUGAAGCCAGGGAGCGUCGGGAAAACAGGAAACGCCUGGAACGUUGUUGUGAAGAAUCGUGUUCCUAGAGCAGCAACCUCCAGAGCUGAGAGGAUCUGGCCAGGAGGAGUCAUACCUUACAUCAUAGGAGGAAACUUCACUGGCAGUCAAAGAGCGAUGUUCAAGCAGGCGAUGCGUCACUGGGAGAAACUGACCUGUGUUACCUUCAUAGAGAAAACUGAAGAGGAGAGUUACAUCGUCUUCACAUACAGACCCUGUGGAUGUUGCUCCUACGUGGGUCGUCGUGGUAACGGUCCUCAGGCGAUAUCGAUAGGGAAGAACUGUGAUAAGUUUGGCAUCGUGGUUCAUGAGUUGGGUCACGUGAUCGGAUUCUGGCACGAACACACCCGGCCCGACCGAGACGACCACGUCACCAUCAUCAGAGACAACAUACAACCAGGUCAGGAGUAUAACUUCCUGAAGAUGGAACCAGGAGAGGUGAACUCACUUGGAGAGCCGUACGACUUCGACAGCAUCAUGCAUUAUGCUAGGAACACCUUCUCACGGUAA